AUGCCACUGUCGCUCACCAAGCGCGGCCUUAUGCUGCUGAUGCGCGCCAUCGGCUUCUUUAUCGGCCUCUUCGGCAUCGCAGCACGAGCCUUCGACUUCCCCCUGCGCCACUGCGGCUCCCGCAUAACCCAGCCCACGAGCGAGCCCCUACUGCUCCUGUCAGGGGUGCAGCUAGCCAAGCUCAUCCGCCGCAGGAAGGUGAAGUGUAUAGAUGUCAUUAACACAUAUAUUGACCGAAUAAAGGAAGUGAACCCAAUGAUCAAUGCAAUUGUCAAGGAUAGAUUUGAGGCAGCUCAGCAAGAAGCUUUGGCAGUAGAUAAAAGGCUGUCAGAGGAACAGGAAGAUGAAGCAACACUAGAAAAGAAAUGGCCCUUCUUGGGGGUCCCUUUGACUGUCAAGGAAGCCUUUGAGUUGCAUGGAAUGCCCAAUUCUUCAGGCCUGGUGAACCGUCGGAAUGUUGUCUCCAAAUCAGAUGCUAUAGUAGUGGCAUUGCUAAAGCAAGCUGGUGCUAUUCCCCUUGGAGUGACCAACUGCAGUGAGCUUUGCAUGUGGUAUGAGUCCAGCAACAAUGUCUAUGGCAGAACCAACAACCCAUAUGAUGUGCAGUGCAUUGUAGGUGGUAGUUCAGGAGGUGAAGGCUGUGCUCUAGCUGCUGCCUGCUCAGUAAUUGGUGUGGGCUCAGAUAUUGGUGGCAGCAUCCGGAUGCCAGCUUUUUUCAACGGUAUUUUUGGACAUAAGCCCACAUCAGGAGUGGUCUCCAAUGAAGGUCAGUUUCCCGUGGCCAUGGGAGCCCAGGAAGAGUUCCAGUGCACAGGCCCCAUGUGUCGUUACGCCGAGGAUGUAGAACCUAUGCUAAGAGUCAUGGCAGGACCUGGCGUCCAUAAAUUAAAGUUAGAUAAAAAGGUUCCAGCACAAAAAAUAAAAUUCUACUGGAUGGAACAUGACGGCGGCUCACUUCUAGUCUCCCGAGUGGACGAAGAACUGCUUCAGGCCCAGAAGAAAGUGGUGAGACAUCUGGAGACUGUGCUAGGUGCUUCAGUUCAGCAUGUAAAACUUAGACAAAUGAAAUACUCUUACCAGAUCUGGGUCACCAUGAUGUCGACCAAGAACCAUGAUGGCAUGGAAACAGUGAAGCUCCAGGAGCUGCUAGGAGAUCAUGGAAAGCCUGUUUGGCCCCUCUGGGAACUGAUGAAGUGGGUCCUUGGGAUGUCAACACACACCUUCCCUUCUAUUGGUCUGGGCCUGCUGGAGCCAGUUCUCAAAUAUGACUCUCAAACCUGUGCCAAGUAUGAAGAAUUAAGGCAUCUUCAAUGCCCUGGGCUUGCCUGUGACUCAGUGCCCACUUGGCCUGAAUAGCAAGGGACUUCCUCUGGGUAUACAGGUGGUAGCUGGUCCCUUCAAUGAUCACCUGACUCUGGCCAUGGCUCAGUACCUGGAGAAGAGUUUUGGUGGCUGGGUCUGUCCUGGAAAGUCCUAGAAUGACCUUUCCACAAUUCAGAUUUAUAUAAUUUGUGGGUAACAAAGAGCUAAGAGGGAUAACUAAUAUUCAGUUCAAAAAAGAUCUUGAUAAGCUUUUAUAGAUCAAAUCUAACAGAUGAAUGAAAUUUAAUGAUGGAUAAAGUCCAACAUCUGGAUUCAAGAAAUCAAUGGCACAAGACAAUGGAGAAAACAUGACUAGACAACAAUUCAUGUAAGAAGAGUUGGAGGCUUUAUUGGAAUGUAAGCUCCACAUGACCACAACAGCCCACAAACUACAAACAAUCUUAGGUUGCAUUGAGUCACGGGGCUUGGGGAGACAUCAUAUUCUUUUUUGGACUCUGUCCUGGUUAAGCCAUGUGGAGUGUUUUGUUCCAUUUUGGCACCAUAUUUCAGGCAAGAUGCAAAUAAGCCCAAGUGUGGGGUGCAAGGAAGUAGAAAUCAUGUCAUACAAGAGCUAUUGAAGCACCUGGGAACUUUUAGCCUCUGAGUGUAGCAUCUAUGAUCCUAACAUUCUAAGGCUGUUAGGAAGCAGGAGCUAGAAAUCUAAUCAGCAGUUGGAGCAGGUGACUCUCAAUGUUCGUUUCCUUGGAAAGUCACUUCCCCAUCUCCUCUGGUUGGGCCAUAGUUGUAUUGACUGGAAGAAUCCUAUUGCUAGCACUAUAGUGGAUGUGACUAGAAGGGAUUGGGGUUCAUUUGAACUCCACUUCCCAAACAGCCCUCCAAAAUUGUAUUGGCUGAAUGGGGGAUCCUAUUGCUAGCACUGUAGUGAAUGCAAUUAGAAGGGCCCGGGGUUCAUUUGAACUCCCCUUCCUUUGCAUUGUUCACAUUUGGCCAAUAGAUCUCAAUUAAAAAAAAUGGCUAUUCAAAGGAGAGGGGUAAUUCAUGAGGAUUAGCAAGCAGAGUACCUUCCAAGGGAAACUCCUGGCACAGUACAAAUGGCUAAAUCUAUUGAAAAUAAUUUCCACAAACUGAACAUUCAUUUUCAAAACUAACCUUUAACAUUCAUAUGUACAUUCCUAUAAAGAAGAUGGCAGUCAAUCAUAAAUCAAUGCCCUCCUCCUUCCUAGUGAGAUUUUCUUCAUUAGACACAAGAUUCCAUAGCUUUAUAGCUCAUAAAGCCAAAGUAUGGUCUUUAAAAGAUGGACAGAAGAAGAGAAAAGAACAGAGAGAAAAUGGAGACUUCACAAGCCUUCAAGGUCAAUGAACAUAGAGGGAUUUGCCCUGCAGGUCCAGUGGAGCAAAAGAGGAGAGGAGGAAGAUGAUUAAGGAUAGCUCUUUGUGCAGAGGAGAGGAGGAAAGAGUUACUGAUUGCUCCAUCCUCUGGCCUGACAGGCAUGAUGAGAAAGAGAUGGGGGUGGUGAGAGAGAUGCAGCUAAGCAGUGCCCCGCAGACAUAGUUAGUCAGCAAGCAUUUAUUAAGUACCUACUAUGUGACAAGCACUCUGCAGGAGCCUCCCUUAUAGUAUUCUUCCCACUCCUCCUGGACACUUAGAAGCUAGUCUGACAAAAAUUGCCCAUUACCUCUUUGGCAUCUCCCUAAACUGAUUGCUGGAACUUGUAGGCAAAAACUUAUCUUAUGCAUCCCAAGCUAUUAUAUAUGUUAUAUUGGAUGGCAACCAACUUCAUUUUGAUGUGCCUC